GGCCGCGCUUGGAAAGGUCUAUCGCCCGACCGACUGUGGCAGAGCCGCCAAUCAUGCUGCUAGAGAUCAAUUACGCAUUCAUAAUCUGCUUCGGCUGGACAUCUGCCGAUGUCGCUGGAAUUUGGCGCGUCUGAAUAUAGAGGGUGGGUUCGACACUCUUCCAUCACCCACAUUUCCCCACGGUGAAACGUCGAGGAGAGAUUGCGCCAGCUUCUCUCAUACCAUUGGAAGGCGUCUCAUAGGUCUUUUGACGGAUCAAUUCGCUGAGGCGUACACACAACCUCAAGAUGCAUUUCCAACAGACACAGUCCGCUGGUCCUGGGGCGGAGCAGAAAGAGUCGCCAAAGGUCUUCACCAAGCAGUCUUCAAGUCUGCCUUUUGGCGAGCAACUGCCUCUCGGCUCGAUCAGUGGGCCUACCUACCUGACCGCGCAGACACUCGUCCAGCAGGUUGCAUACGCCUUGUCUGACAAGAUCUUUGCCUACUCCGCCGAGUCGUUCGACUUGGAUGUGGCGAUCAAGAGCUGGCAGCAGCAGGGCGAGAAGAAUGCCUUUGGCUACCAGACUGGUGUCUCCUCGCUGGAGACAAGAACUGGUGCUGGCGCAAUCGCGCUUGGGUACCUUUUCUCCAAGGACUUCGACCUCGCCAAGCGCCACAUUCCUCAGUCGAUCGUCGCCUCCUCCUCGACCUUGAACUACCUGCGCCCGGCGCUCGACCAGCUGUCGCUUCUCUACUCGGUCGCCAACCCAGUCACCGCGCACGUCGCCGCCGUCGACUACUCCGCGAACUCGAGUGCGGGCCUUGUCACCGACUAUGUUUCGUCCCUCACCCUCGCUGAGGACCUCGGCCUCGGCCUCGUGUGCAGCCCGUCUGUUUUCGAGGCUCAGCACAUGGCGCUCUUUGCCACCCUCCUCUCGAGCGUCAUCCCUACAAUCCACACAUACGAUGGCAUCAGCGUUGGUCGCGAGACUGCCCGGCUGGUGGACACUCUGGACCAAAGCAGGCUGCACAACAGCUACCAAGCUGUCCUGAAGGCUGUUUCUGAGGUCGACAAGAAGCACUCCGACAAUGCUGGCCGCCUAGUCCGCCUGCUCCAAGCCUUCAACGACGAGUUCGGUGAGGAUUACAGGCUAUUCGACUACUACGGUCAUGAGGAGCCCGAGAGCGUCCUUGUUGUCUUCGGCACUGUCGAGGCAUCCCUGACUGCUCAGGUUGCCAACGCUCUGUCCAAGGAUGGUGACAAGGUUGGUGUCAUCAACGUCCGUGUCUACAGACCCUUCGUUGAAGAGGCUUUCCUUGAGGUGCUUCCCAAGAGCGCUCAGCGCAUUGCUGUUCUUGGCCAGGUCAAGGACGAGGCUGCUGUGCUUGACGCUGCAGAGUACUCUCGCCUGUACUCGGACGUUUUGGCCGCUACCCAGUUUGCCUUCGACCGAAACAUUGAGGUCUCUGACAUCAAGUACUCUCGCGAGCAGGUCUGGACUCCCAGCAACGUUCUCGAUGUUUUCCGUCAGAUCUACUCUGAGAAGAAGGCGGGCGAGGAGUCGCGCUCAUACGUCAACAUUCUCAACACUGCCGAUGUCAAGCAGUACACCUUCUGGGACCUGGACGAGUCACCAGCUGCCACAGCCCCUGCAGUCGUCGGCAAGCUUCUGUCAUCCGACUCGUCCAAGAACGUCUUCGUACGUGAGGGCCACGACAACCUUGUCUGUGGUGGUGUUACUCGCGUUGAUAUUCGCAAUGCGGACUACACUAUUGAGGCCCCGUACGCCAUCGAGGAAGCCGAUGUUGCAGCUGUUGGCGAUAUCUCGAUCCUUAGCGCCUUUGACGUUAUCAACAGCAUCAAGGCUGAUGGCUCCAUCAUUAUUCAGCUUCCUGGUGUCAAGGACGAAGACCUUGAGAAGAAGCUGUCUCCCGCGUUCCGCAAGGCACUGUUCGAGAAGGACAUUUCUUUGUUCAUCAUGGAUCCCACUGAAUCGGAGACCGUUGUCGAGGAGGCUACUCUUACGACCUGCCUUUGUCAGCUGGGUUUCUUGAAGGUUGCUCGCCCAGACCUGCUCAGCUCGCACAUCUCCAAGUUGGCUGCUAUCAACGGUACCGAGCAGGUCUGCGAGAAGAUCGUCCAGCAGCUGGAGACCGCUCUCCGUGAGGUCGAGGUCCCCGCUGCUUGGGGCACUGUCGAGGAAGACGUGCAGCCCAUUCGUCUGCCCGCAGACAUCAACGUCAACAGCUUCGCUCCCUUUGACCGCACUGAGAUUGAGCCACCAACACUGCUCAAGGACUGGAAGAUCGCUGCCCAGGGCCUUGCGUUCAAGGAAGCCUUCGGCACUGAAACAGUGCUUCGUCCUGAGCUGGGUGUCAAGACUUCAGUGGUCACUGUCAAGGAGAAGCGCCGCCUCACUCCUGAGAACUACGAUCGUAACAUCUUCCACAUUGAGUUCGAUCUCGGCAACACAGGCGUCACCUAUGCCAUUGGUGAGGCUCUCGGUAUCCACGCUGAGAACGACAAGGCCGAGGUUGAAGAGUUCAUCAAGUGGUAUGGUCUCAACCCCAACGAGAUUGUUGAGGUACCUUCUCGCGAAGACCCCGACGUCUUGGUCAACCGCACUGUCUACCAGUCCCUGAUUCAAAACAUUGACAUCUUCGGCCGCCCUGGCAAGAAGUUCUACGAGGAUCUUGGCAACUUCGCCAGCGACGAGCAGGAGAAGCUGGCUCUCCAGACUCUCUGCACCGGUGACGGUGCUACAGAGUUCAAGCGUCGCGCUGAGGUCGACACAAUCACCUACGCCGACCUUUUGCUCGAGUUCAAGUCUGCUCACCCGUCAUUCCACGACAUCGUUCGCAUCGUCGCCCCCAUGAAGCGUCGCGAGUACUCCAUUGCCUCUUCGCAACACGUCACCCCCAACUCCGUCAGCCUGUGCAUUGUCACCGUCAACUGGGUCGACCCCCAGGGUCGCGACCGCUUCGGCCAGGCCACCCGCUACCUCAAUGGCCUCCGCGUCGGCAGCCCCGUCACCGUCUCCGUCAAGCCCUCCGUCAUGAAGCUCCCCGCCAAGUCCACCGCGCCCAUCAUCAUGGCAGGUCUCGGCACCGGUCUCGCGCCCUUCCGCGCCUUCGUCCAGGAGCGCGCGUACCAGAAGCAGCGCGGCGAGGAAAUCGGCGAGGUCCUGCUGUACAUGGGCUCCCGCCACCAGCGCGAAGAGUACCUGUACGGCGAGGAGUGGGAGGCGUACCAAGACGCCGGCAUCAUCACCCUGCUCGGCCGCGCCUUCUCGCGUGAUCAGCCCCAGAAGAUCUACAUCCAGGACCGCAUGAGGCAGACGCUGACUGAUAUCCGCCGCGCGUACCUCGAGAAGGAAGGUAGCUUCUACCUCUGUGGACCUACGUGGCCCGUGCCGGAUGUUACGGAGGUGCUGCAGGAGGCUGUCGAGGUUGAUCACAAGCUGAAGAACCCCGAUGCGAAGAAGAUCAACAGCAGGAGGGAGAUCGAGACGCUCAAGGAUGAGGGCCGUUACGUGCUUGAGGUUUACUAGAUGUGCGUGUUGGGAUAGUGUAGAUCGUUUGCUUCGUAGCGGAUAUCAAUACUUAGACUUUCGGACUUCUGAA